AUGGGGCAUUUGUCAUGGGUGCGCAUGGGCGCUGGGAAUGUCGGGAGGGAGGCCGCAGCGAUGAGCGGCGGCUUGAGGCGCCACCUGGGGCGGGUGCCGCGCCUUUUGAGGGUGAAGGACUUCGCGGAGGCGCGGAGACCGGAGAUUGCUGCUCUUGUUGAUUACGUUCAAAGCGCACAAGGAGGCGGAAAAGGAGCUGCAGUGCCGGGGAGGAAGAAACGUUGGAGGCGCACGGCUAGCUUCGUACGGCAUCAGUUUGGCAAGAUCCAUGGUGACUCAGCAGCAUUGGCUGGCAGGAGCAAGAGGCGUAGACGGACAAAGGUUGAUUGGUGUUUUCAGUUGGUUUGUGUGCUCUUAGCCUGA